AAAUAAUAUCAAAAAAUUAUGAGUAAUUAACUAUUUUCAGGGUUUGCCUCACAACACUAAGAAUCUUUUUAUAAUAAAAAUGUAGAAGAACUGCUUUUCUUAAUUUCUGAAACACUGAUUAUUUGCUUCAGAAAAAAAUCAGUUGAUCUUUAAAGAUUUCAAAAAAAGUUUCAUUAAAUAUACAUUUAGUUAGUUAGAUUAGAGUUAAAUAAACUAGCCUAACCAAAAUAUUCGGAAUCUGUUUAAGAAAUAACUUCAUACUUUAUUUUUGACAAAGGAGGAUGUGUCUCUAGUUAGAGUAAAAGAGAAGAUCAUUAAAAAUAAAUGAAUAAGUUUAUGAACAGCAAUAAAAGCAUAUUAGAGGAGAGUUAUAAUUUUUAGUCCUUAAAAAAAGAAGGUAUAUCAUUAACUCUAAGUUAAAGGAGGAGUAAGUCUUCCUUUUCAAAAUUAUCUCAGUAAAAUAAUCAAUAAAAGGAGAAGAAUAAUUUGGGAAAUUCAAAAGUGUUAAGAAACUAUUCCUAUUCGUCUAUUUAAUCUCCAAAAAGAAACCAUAGAACCCAAUUGCCUUCUACUAAAUUUAUUGAGUCGCCUAGAUAAAAGAAAUCUAACUUACUUAGAAGCUCUUCAAUUUCACUUUAAAACGACAAAUCUGUAAAUGUCCAAAUAGAUAUUCAUGAUAAGAGAAUAUAAGUUAAUAAGAGUGCCUAAAAUAGUCAUAGGGCAGAAAGAGUAAAAAAUAUUAAAACACGCCAAGAAGAAUAUAAUUAUGUCAACUAAAAGCUUUUACAAUAAAAUAAGAAUAUUUAUUCUAAAUAGGCAAUAACAGAAUCAAAGCAACCUUACUUGAUAUAGCCUCAUACUUAAACCAUAAAUACUUCUUAUAAUCCAACUCUUGAAUCAUAAUCAUAGGAUUUCAUUAAAGAAUUUAACAAUAUACCUAAAGAAAAUAAUGUUGGGGGUAAAGCAUACUUAGAUAUUUAUAAACAGUCUCUAAAUGUUAAUAUUUAAUUGUAAGACCAGGUAUAAGAAAACAAAAACUAAAUCAAAAUAAAUCAAAAAGCUAGUUUACUACGUAAUAUAGCAGCUGCUAACAGUGUAGAUAAAAAGAGAUCAAAUUCUCCAUACAAGCUUUAAAAUAGCCUUAUAUCUAAAAAUGUUUUAAUAGGAAAUAGAAGAUAUUCUUCAUAUUAAUCUAAUCUUGAUGUUAUUUCAAAUAAUACAUAGCAAACAUAAAAUACUAUUUAAUCUAGAGCUCAAACACAAAGAGGUGAACCAAAUAAGUUACAAUUAAAUAAUAUAAAAAUUCCUUAGAUGCAGUAUUAAAACACUAAAAUUUUAAAUAGUAUAUAACUCAUUAAAGAAGAUAGAAAAGCUUAAGGAGUUUAAGGAGGUAAAAAAGCUAUAAUUAUUAACUAAAACAAUUUAGUUAAUCAUCAAUAUAGACCUAAUAUUGAUAAUUUGCAAUAUAAAGAGAAUGAAUAACCUCCUUAGAUGUAAUAUUAUACAGUUGAAAAUAAGAAAAAUUUAUGA